AUGAAGGGUCGUGCUUUGUCUCUUUUCUCUCUUGUAGGUGCUGUUGCUGCGCAGAGUGGUGCGUACGGCCAAUGCGGAGGGAACAACUGGGCGGGGGCCACCACCUGUGUCUCUGGAUACGUCUGUGUUUAUCAGAAUGACUGGUACAGCCAGUGCCUUCCAGGCACCGCUAGCUCGUCCACGACCUUGACGACCACAACCAGAACAACAACCACCACGACAACCACCACAAGAACCACUACUACCUCUGUCCCUACCUCAACCGACUUUCCCUCGGCCAACGGACUGAACUUUACCAUCGACGGUGUAACCGACUACUUCGCAGGCUCCAACUCGUACUGGAUCAGCAUGCUGACCAACGACGCGGAUGUCGAUCUCGUCAUGGACCACAUCGCCGAGUCGGGACACAAGAUCCUACGUAUCUGGGGCUUCAGCGAUAUCAACACGGAUCCCUGGAGCGGCCAAGUAUGGUUCCAGCGACAUGAAAACGGCGCAACAAUCAUUAAUACCGGGGCCGAUGGGUUGCAGCGCCUCGACGCGGUGGUCAAUUCGGCUGAGCAGCGUGGCAUCAAGCUGAUUAUCAACUUUGUCAACAACUGGGAUGAUUACGGUGGCAUGUCUGCUUACCUGAAGGCCUACGGUGGAACCACAAAGACCGACUGGUACACCAACGAUGAAAUCCAGACUGUCUACCGUACCUACAUCGAGGCGGUCGUCAGCCGCUUCAUCGACUCUCCCGCUGUGUUUGCCUGGGAAUUGGCCAACGAGCCCCGCUGCAAUGGCUGCGACACGUCCAUUCUGUAUAACUGGAUUGCGGACACGAGCGCUUACAUUAAGUCUCUAGACCCACUGCACAUGGUCUGCAUUGGUGACGAGGGAUUCGGCCUGGAGGAGGGAUCCGAUGGAAGUUAUCCCUUUGCCUUUGGCGAAGGGCUCGACUUCGCCGCAAACCUCGCCAUCGACACGAUCGAUUUCGGCACCUUCCACCUCUACCCAGGCAGCUGGGGCGUAUCAUACGACUGGGGCAACCUCUGGGCAAGAACGCACGGCGCAGCCUGCGCAGCGGCCGGAAAGCCGUGCCUGUUCGAGGAGUACGGCGCACCAUCCGACCACUGUGCCAUUGAGGUGCCCUGGCAGACGACGGCCGUUGGCACUACGGGGAUUGCCGGCGACUUGUUCUGGCAGUGGGGUGAUACCCUGAGUACGGGACAGACUCACAAUGAUGGGAAUACGAUCUAUUAUGGGUCUGAUGAGUAUACUUGCCUGGUUACGGAACACAUGGAGAGGAUUGCUGCGAGAUAG